CUAGGUCCCAUCCAGAUGGCAUAAUUCCAUGAUUUAGCUUUUCAACAUUCAUACCAAAUUAUUUUACCAAUUAGAACUAAUCAAACUAAAAUUUCUAAAUUGAAAAAAAAAAGGGUCAACGAGGAGAUCUCUUUCACUGAAGUCAAAGCAACAAAGGUACAAUCAUGGCAAUGCCCACAAAUGAAUCGUCCACUGACCACUGCAAACCGGAAAAUUUCACAGAUCGUUUUGGAAUGCUCGAGCAAGGGAUUCUUGCAUUUCUUGCCUUCAGUUUUUUGAUACUUAAGAGACUAAGAGAACCCAAGGAUGAGAGAAGGCCUUGGAAGAUUUGGUUUUUCGAUACCUCCAAACAGGCUCUUGGUGCUGGCCUGAUCCAUGUCUUCAACAUUCUAUUGUCAAUGAUUUCCGUGAGAGGAGAUGCCUGUACUUGGUAUGUCAUAUACUUCUUACUGGACUCCACCGCCGGGCUCUUGUUCAUCUACCUACAAGUGAGAAUCGCCCAGAGGAUCUUUAUAAGGUGUGCAUGCAAGGCACUGAUGUUUGGAGAGUACGGGGACCCUCCCAAAUGGGAUGCUUGGAUCGGACAGUGUGGUGUCUUCAUCAUCAUCGUCAUCAUAGAAAAGAUUGGCAUCACUCUACUUACGUUUAUUCCAUUCUGGACAAAGGUCGCUGAAAUCUUACUGAGUCCUAUACAUAAUCCUAAAGUAGAGUUGACAUUGGUGAUGCUCAUCAUACCAUUCAUUGUGAACACAAUUAUGUUCUGGGUGAUUGAUAACCUCUUGAUGGGAAAGAGGUCAAAGUUGAAAGGUCACGACAAGGAGAGUCGGGGCUUGAACGGGAAAGACCGGAAGCAGAGAGUGCAUUACUACCGCAGCGUGCCAGGAAAGUCGUCGGACGGAUCAGAGUCAGAGGUUCUGGUCUCAUGUGAUGAUGACGACACCAAGGCAUCGAACGGGUCGCUAUUGGUCAGAGAGCCAGAAGAGGAGAGGUUGAGUGGGAAGAGAAUAAAAGAAAAUUAUUUAUAGGGGAUUUGGGUAAUUUAUUUUGUUGUAUUGAAAUGUUUUAUUCUGCAAAGUGCUAUAGAAAAUACUCAUAAAGCCUG